AUGUCUACAAACUACACAAAGCCCUCUAUGGUCUGGAGCAAGCUCCUAGAGCUUGGUAUGAGAGACUUACAUCAUACCUUGAAGAACAUGGAUUUUCUUGAGGAGAUUUAUGUCGAUGACAUAAUUUUUGGCUCUCCUCUUGAGUCUCUAGCUUAUGAGUUUGCUGAAUGUUUGAAGCAAGAAUUUGAAAUGAGUAUGGUUGGGGAGUUGAGUUAUUUCCUUGGACUUCAGGUAAGACAGACAAAGGAUGGACUGUUCAUUUCACAGUCCAAGUAUGCUAAGGAUCUAGUUAAGCGCUUUGGGCUAGAUAGUAAGAAGCAUACUAGGACACCUAUGAGUACUAGCUUGAAGUUAGGUCGUGAUCCUUCAGCUACUAGACCUGACAUUGCUUUUAGCGUUGGUGUGUGUGCUCGAUUUCAGGCAGAUCCAAAAGAAUCACACUUAAGCUCUGUUAGACGCAUCAUUAGAUAUGUGAGUGGUACAGUUGAUCUAGGGAUCUUCUAUUCUCGGAAUUUCAAUCUUGACUUGGCAAGUUACUCCGACGCCGAUUGGGCCGAGAACGCAGAUGAUAGAAAAAGUACGACAGGGGGUUGUUUUUACAUGGGUAGCAAUCUCGUAGCCUGGUUAAGCAAGAAAACGAAUUCUAUAUCACUAUCCACGGCAGAGGCUGAAUACAUAGCUGCAGGGAGUUGCUGCACUCAGCUUCUCUAG